AUGGCCUUCAACUUCAACUGGUCUCCGCUCAUCGGCGACACGUCGCGCGCCCGCGACAUGCUCACCGCCGCCCUGAACAAGUCUCCGAAGCCGCCCAUCAUCGUUGACGACAUCAUCGUCAAUGAGCUGAACCUGGGCUCCGUCCCGCCCGAGCUCGAAAUCCUCGAGAUUGGCGACCUGGCCGAAGACCGCUUCCGCGGCAUCUUCAAAAUGUCCUACGCCGGCGAUGCCUAUCUCACUCUCAAGACCCGCGUCCAGGCAAAUCCUCUCAACACCUCGCUGUCUACCAAACCCGCCUUUGCCUCUCCCCAGCCCUUGGCCGCUGCCUCGGGCCUUACCAUCCCUAUCCAGAUCACCCUCUCCGACAUCCGCCUGUCAGGUUUUGUUAUCCUGGUCUUCUCGCGCCAAAAGGGCAUCACCCUCGUCUUCCGCAACGAUCCUCUCGAGUCUCUCAAGGUCUCGUCCACUUUCGACUCCAUCCCCUUCGUCCGCAACUACCUACAGAAAGAGAUUGAGGCUCAACUGCGUGUCUUGUUCAUGGACGACCUCCCUGCCAUCAUCCACCGUCUCUCCCUGCGGGCCUUCGUCCCCGAGUACCGACAAGCUCAAGAUGACGAAGCCAAGGAGCCUGUGCAUGCUUCAGAGCGUCCCAUCGACCCCCUAGCAAGCCCUCCACAGGAUCCUGUCGAUGACGGCUUCGAUCCCUCCCCCUUCUCUCUCGACUCAUCUUCCGAGACAUACGCCUCCUUCUCUCAGAAGAAUCUCCUCCGCCUAGCCGCACUGAGCGAGUCACAGCAAACCCUCUCCCUCUUUACUCCUGCCAUCCGUGACACCGUUUUUCGUGCUUGGGCAAGCUCCAAGGAAUCUCAAGACUCGUCCACAGUUGCGACGCCACUUGCCCGUCCAAACCCCUUGUCUCGAAUACACUCGUCCAUCGGCACACCCAAGUCAUGGUCUUCGGCGUCGUCUGAUGUAUCGGAUGCUCCGACACACUCUAGCAGGCCUUCACUGGCUAGUCACUCUACAUCUUCAACCGUCUACUCCAUGGGCACUAGCAGAUCAAGAGCGCAUGCAGCCAAGAAGAGGAAGAACAGGGUUGUCAAUUUGCGCAAAACUGCCCCCGAGGAGAACACCACCGAUGCUGACAGUGUCACGACCAAUGUCAGCGAAGAGGCUCCUGCCCCUAGCAUCACGCUUACUGAACCUCCCCAAUCGCCCCGACGGAUUCCAAAAGUUGAACCUGAGGCUGCGCAAAAAGCGCCGGCGUCGCAUGUCCGAUUCUCCGCCUCACAGGAGCAUUCGAGGCCGACUUCCGGAAAUCAGACUCCGACAACGACACCUAAACCCCAACGUCCUGCCUUGUCCACCGUCCAGACCCAACCUGUAUUCAGAGACAAGAAGGUGGACUCCGCAACCCGCUCCUCGUCCGCCUCACGUCUACGCUUCAACUCCGAGGGCUCUACUGGUGGCAUCCUAGAGCAAGCUUGGAUGAUGAAGAUGGCUGCCGAGGUGACUCGACGCGUCCAAGAAGAGAAGGCUACAGGCGGUGGCUUUUGGCACCAAUCCGAGGAGCCUGAACACCCACCUCCAGCUUACGCUGCAUGA